CAAUGCCCAUUCUGUGUGGGUUCCUGAUUCUCUGUGGGUUCUUUCCUGCUGAGGACAAUUCUCUUCCUGUCCCAGGCUGAGAUUGGGGGGCUGAGCACAGGGCCUCUUGUUUGUGCCCCAGCUUCAUGGAAGGAAUGUCCUUGCCACCCCCAGGCCAGCCCAGGGGGCUAGGGGUCAGGGCGGCAGUCUGGCGUCAGGAGCGGCAUGGGGUCCCGGGCUGAGCUGUGCACUCUCCUAAGCGGCCUCUCACUCCUCCUCCUCCUGACGUCCGGCCACGGGUCCAAGGGUGGAUCCCCCAGAGAGAGUCAGGGGGUCUGCUCCCAGCAGACGCUGCUGGUCCCGCUCCGUUACAACGAGUCCUACAGCCAACCCGUGUACAAGCCCUACCUGACCCUGUGCCCGGGCAGGCGCAUCUGCAGCACCUACAGGACCACAUACCGCGUGGCGUGGCGGGAGGUGAGGCGGGAGGUGCGGCAGACGCACGCCGUGUGCUGCCAGGGAUGGAAGAAGCGGCACCCGGGGGCGCUCACCUGUGAGGAAGCCAUCUGUGCUAAGCCCUGCCUCCACGGCGGCGCCUGCCUGCGGCCGGACCAGUGCGAGUGCGCCCCCGGCUGGGGGGGAAAGCACUGCCACGUGGACGUGGAUGAGUGCAGGGCCAGCGCCGCCCUCUGCUCGCACCGGUGCCUGAACACGGCCGGCAGCUUCACCUGCGGCUGCCCCCGCGGCCUGGUGCUGGGCCCGGACGGGCGCACCUGCCUGGAGGGGCCCCCGGAGCCCCCGACCGGCGCCAGCGUCCUCAGCGUGGCGGUCCGGGAAGCCGACCGGGGAGCGGACCGCGAUGAGCGCGCCCUGAGGCGAGAGGUCCGGGAGUUGCGAGGGCGCCUCGAGCGGCUGGAGCAGGUGAGCCUGGGCGCUGGGGCCGAGCCGCGGGGCUGGGCGCGCCCCGCCCCUCCACCCCGGCGUCUUCCUUCGCAGUGGGCGGGGCAGGCCGGGGCCUGGGUCCGAGCGGUGCUGCCCGUGCCGCCCGAAGACCUGCGGCCGGAGCAGGUGGCAGAGCUGUGGCGCCGGGGCGACAGGAUAGACUCUCUCAGCGACCAGGUGCUGCAGCUGGAGGAGCGGCUGGGCGCCUACCCAGGCCUGCCUUCUCCUGCCAUUAACCAGGCUCCUGUGAGGACAACAGCCUGAGCCCAGGCCUCAGCGGGCGGCCGUGAGGACCCUCUGCAGAGCGCUGCCCCACUUUAUACCGAAGCCGGACCGCCACCCGCUGGGGAGCUGCCGCCAAGUCACCCGCCACUGAGGACGGGGCUCGGCGGACUCCCUGGGGCGGGAACUGCUUCAACUUAACCAAGGCAGCCCGUGUCCAGAUCUCGCAAUCUUUAUUCUUGGUUCCUUGCUGUUAUCCAGAUAAUUAAUAAAAACAACCAUGAAAAACGGA